UUUAACUUUGUCAUUCUGACAAAUUGAAAUGGUCACUAAUACAAUAAAAGUAUUUGCCCGAGUUAAAAAACAAAACGAUGAUAGAACUAAACGUUACGAAAUUACAGAACAUACAGAAGGCGCCAACAGUGACAUAUUUAUUUAUAACAGUUCAUUAAAGCGUGAUGGUUCAAGAUUUAGAUUUAAUAAGAUCUUUGAUCAAUACUCUAAUCAAGAUGAGGUGUUUGAAUUUAUGGCCAGACCUGUAGUAGAUAGUUUCUUGCAGGGUUUUAAUGGUACUAUAUUUGCUUACGGACAGACUGGAAGUGGUAAAACAUAUUCAAUGACGGGGUCUUCAAAGAAGUAUAAAUACAGAGGAAUAAUACCUCGGUGCUUGGAAUAUAUUUUUUCUAAUAUUGAACAGACUCAAGAUAAACCAACUACGUACAUCUCGUACAUAGAAAUAUACAACGAGAUUUGCUAUGAUCUACUUAAUCCCAAACAAUGCAAGGUAGCCGCAAAGCUAGAAGAAUUACCAAGAGUUGUAAUUUUCGAAGACAAAAAAGGAGAACCUCAUAUGCGAAACGUGAGUGUGUUAACAGUGGCAACUCAAGAAGAGGCCAUGAGACUCUUAUUUUUAGGAGAAACCAAUAGAGCUAUUGCUGAGACACCCUUAAAUGAAUAUUCAUCGAGGUCACAUUGUAUAUUCACCAUGUACUUGUCUUCGAGACAGACAGAAUCACAGAAACUCAGGCACUCCAAGCUGAACUUUGUUGAUUUGGCAGGGUCUGAAAGGGUUUAUAAAUCAAAAAUUACAGGAGCCAUACUAACUGAAGCCAAGCAUAUCAAUAAAUCUUUACAUUUUCUUCAGCAAGUGAUUCUGGCACUUUCACAAUCGAAAAGGGCCCAUAUUCCUUACAGAAACAGCGUCAUGACUUUUGUAUUGAAAGAUUCGUUAGCUGGAAACUGUUUAACAGUUAUGUUGGCAACCCUGUCCCUUGCUUCCAAAAAUAUUCAAGAGUCAAUAAGUACCUGUAAAUUUGCACAGAGGGUUUCAAUGAUAAAAACAGAACCAUUUAUAAACGAAAUUGAAGAUCCUUAUCAAGAAAUUGUACUGCUGAGAAAUGAAAUUGAAGAAUUAAAGCGACAGUUGAGGAAAAAUUCUUCCAAAUAUAUUAACUUGAACGAGAAAAAUAUUAAAGAUGAUGAAAAAAUGGAAUGUGAAAAUCUAGUAGAUACCUUUAUAACCAGCAGUAAUCCAGAUUUUAACUUUGAAAGAAAAUUAAUUGGAUAUUGCAUGCAGCUUAUGAGGAAAAAAAUAAAACUCUUAGAAAAAGAAAUCAAUAGUACAAAGGAAAAAACUAAAUUGGAUGACGAUUUACCAAAUGUAGAAUUCUCCAAAGCAGUAGAAAGUAGGAAAGGUCUAGAAACAGAAAUAUUAUCAGAAAAUUAUUCAGCCAGAAAAUAUAGUACCGAAAACAAUAGCAAAGAAAUUUUGUAUUACGAAAAUAUGCUUUCAUCCGCUCUAAAAAAAGCUAAAGUAUUGUCGGAAACUAUAGAAGAAUGCCAGAGUAAUAUAAAUUACAUAAAAACAAGAAUGGAAAAAGCAGACAUAAAUGAAAGACUUUUAUUAACCAAAGAUCUUGAGUAUCAACAAAAAACCUACAAACGUUGUAUUCUGGGAUUAAAGGAACUGAAAAAUGAAACCAUACAGUUAGAGUUUGGACUAAAUAAAGCGAAAACAAAACUUAAUGAAAAAAGUAAUUUUCAGGAACCAGAUAUUCUAAUUUUAGAUGAACAUCAUUCAAACCCUCACAAGGAUAAUUAUAGCGCUGAAAAUAUCAGUAAUGGUCAUUACGAGAGGCAACAUUGUUUUAAUUCUUCACACUACGAGUAUAACUGCAAUGAUUAUAACUUAAAUUGGAAUAAUACAAAUAAUAAAUCUGUAAGAAGUAUUCCUGUGAAUUACAGUGAUACAGUACAUAGUCUGAACCCUAUGCUUCAUCAAUAUACGACUGUCAACUCUUGCUUCAAUGAAAAAACAUUAUGCAGCUGUAGUUCAAAUCAGUGCCUCUAUACGUAUAAAAAUAAACACACUUCAACAGAUGAUGCAUGUGCCUUGGAUUUAAAUUGUAACUAUAAAAGUGAUUUUUCAAAGAGUUUACCUCAAUGUAAUUGUUUUUAUCAAAAGAACCAAAGAGUUUACAAUCAUUCUCGUUCCGAAAAUACUUGUAAUGAUUGUUAUGAACUAGAAAAUAUUAAACCAAAUAUAAAGAAACAUCAUUUAGUAACCAGUGAUAAUGCCUAUGAUAAAAUAUAUGCAACUGAUUUCAAAACCUGCAAGUGCAAUAAGUGUGAUGUCCCUGAAAAUUAUGGCUUUACCAAAACAGUUGUCAGUGCAGCUCAUGAUGAUCAUGAAGAUUGCAGCUGUCCUAGAAAUGAUUCAGUUACACUUCCGGCAUAUACACAGUGUAAUAACAUAGAUCAGUAUAAUUUAGAUGUUUAUGAGACUGACAGGAAAAACAGAAUUAUAGAAAAAAGAGGUGCGUCAAUGUACGAUAAGAGUGAACAUACUGUUAAGGUGCUCCUAGAUGAAUUUGAUGAAGGAGAUAAUGUAACUUUCGAUAAUAUUCAGUACCUAUUAACUUCACCACACUGUGAUGAAAAAGAUUUAGAUAAUAUAAAAGAUGAAUCUAAAUCUCAGGAAGAUAUUAUUUAUCAUUUGGAUGAAGAAAACAAUAAUAAUACUCUUACUGCCCUACGGUGUGAAGAACAACAAGUAGUGAAAAAACAAGAGGAAGCUACAAUAAUUCAAAAAAGUGUCGUUGAUCAUGUGGAUGAUGAAAAUAAUAUUAAAUAUGUUAAAAAGUAUGAGAUAUUUCUUGAUUCGGAUAGUAAAGAAUUUAUCAAGUUUAUGGAAACCAUUCCAUUAACAGGUGAUGAAGAAACUGAUAAAGAAAUUUGUAAUUUUUAUCGUUCAAAGUUUUUAUGAUAGAUA